AUGCGUUGAUGUAACAUUGCCGGGCGAGGAGUAUUAUUUGCGGAUUGUUUUCAAUUUAACUUUUGGUUCAAUAACGUGCAAUGCAAAUACGUCGACCACGUGGAGUAACAAUACCUCAGUUAAUGGUUGUAACCGCAAUUGGUUUUCUGGGCGGCGUUUACAUUUGGAAGCCUCUUAUUCUGAAAUUUAAAAACGAAAACGAGCAAAACAAGACACCAGAAGCAACCUCUACAGCUGCGGCAAAUCCAACAAAAUGAGCUUCAUUAAUGGUUUUAAGAAGUUUAGUGGCACGACUGUCGGUUUGAUGGCCAUCGGCGUCGGUUCUACUUUCAUAUUAGUUAUUGGCCAUCGCUUUAUAGUUAGGCCUCUGAUGAAUAAAAAGCGUCGCCUGGACGCAGAAGCCUAUGCCGACUACAUAUUUCAACAGGAAUCCGAGAGGAGACAACGUACAACAUAACAGAAGGAACUGAAAAUGAAGAUCGCACCCUGUAACGACUGGGCUGCCGUUUUUUACAACAUGAUCAUCAAAAACCGAUUCAUUUUAUAAAUAAAAACAAAUAUAAAUUUCAA